GCCAGAAGAUAAAUAGCCAAGGAAUACAACCAAUCCAAGAGAAAGUCAGAGCCAUCACCAAUGCACCGGCACCGACGAAUGUGUCUGAAGUUCGAUCAUACUUGGGAAUGAUCAACUAUUACGAAAAGUAUUUACCAAAUUUAUCAACGAUUCUGGCACCACUGCACAGCCUGUUGGAAAAAGGGAAAAGUUGGGAAUGGAGUGAAAAGCACCAAGAGGCAUUUAGAAAAUCCAAAGAGUUAUUGAAGUCCUCACAUCUGUUGGUGCAUUAUGACCCGGAGAGGAGUUAAUACUGGCUUGCGAUGCCUCACCAUAUGGCUUGGGGGCUGUUUUGUCACACCGGAUGGAAGACAACGCGGAACAACCAAUUGCAUUUGCCUCGAGAUCACUGUCCGCAGCUGAAUAAAACUAUUCUCAACUAGACAAAGAGGCGCUAGCCAUCGUAUUUGGUGUCAAGAAAUUUCACCAGUACGUGUAUGGUCGACAUUUCACCAUACUGACAGAUCACAAGCCGCUUGAGCGGGUACUUCAUCCGGAUAAAAUGACACCACCAAUGGCUGCAGCUCGAAUUCAGCGGUGGGCCUUAAUUUUGUCUGCGUAUGACUACGCCAUUCAGUACAAAGAAGGAAUUCAGAAUGCAAAUGCUGAUGCCCUCAGUAGAUUACCAUUGCCAGACACCCGAGGUUCAACACCAGUUCCUGAAGAAAAAAUCUUACUCAUGGAACUAUUGGAGACUACUCCAAUAAGAGCAGAGCAAGUGAAGAACUGGACAAAGAGAACUCCUAUUUUUUAUACGCCCUCGAGUUUUGAAAUUUAUUAAACAAGGCUGGCCUAGCAAGUGUCCAGAUGGGGAGUUUCAACCAUAUUUUCAACGACGAGACAAGCUGAGUGUUCAAGACGACUGUAUACUUUGGGGAAACAGAGUGGUUGUUCCACCCCAAGGAAGAAGCCAAGUGGUUGACGAAUUACAUGAAACCCACCCAGGAAUAUGUAAGAUGAAAAGUCUAGCAAGAAGCGACGUGUGGUGGCCGAACAUGGAUAACGAUUUUGAAAACAAAGUACGAACGUGCAACAACUGCCAGAUAAAUAGAAAUAAUCCUCCUGAAGCGCCACUGCACCCGUGGGAAUGGCCAAGCCGACCAUUGGAAAGAAUUCAUAUUGACUAUGCUGGUCCAUUCUUGGGGGAAAUGUUCCUCAUCAUGGUCGAUACGUACUCAAAAUGGCUCGAAGUGCAUCCAACGAAUGUAGCAACAUCGAGAGCAACAAUUGAAAAACUUCGAUCAACAUUUGCAAUCCACGGCUUUCCUAAAACAAUUGUUAGUGAUAACGGUAGUAAUUUUUGCAGUGAAGAAUUCGAAGAAUUUCUGGCGAAAACGGCAUUCAUUACAGAAGGACUGCUCCUUAUCAUCCAGCCUCUAAUGGACUUGCAGAACGGGCCGUCCAGACGUUUAAGGAAGGGAUGAAGAAGAUGUCAAAUAAGGAAAGUUUGGAAACCAGAGUGUCUCGGUUUCUCUUCAAAUACCGUAUCACGCCACACUCAACCACAGGGAUAGCGCCAGCGGAAAUGCUUAUGAGUAGAAAACCAAGAUCUUGCUUGGACGUACUACAUCCAGAUGUAGGACAAAGAGUACAGGAUCAACAGCAGAAGCAGAACGAAUUACACGAUCAACAUGCAGUGGAUCGACAAGUACGACCAGGCGAUUUAGUAUGUUCGAGACAAUAUGGAAAACAACAAAAGUGGUGUCCAGGAGUGAUCAAUAUACAAACCGGCCCAGUUUCCUAUACCAUACAGUUGGAAGACGACCGCGAGGUUCAUCGCCAUCAAGAUCAGGUGAUCCAUAGAGAAACACCCGAAGAAAACGAAAAUGAUGUCACGAAUCCAGAUAUCAACAAGCAACCCGUUCCAGACCAACAAGUGGUUAGCGAAGAAAAAGCAGUUCCAGCAGCCCGAUAUCCGCAAAGAGAUAGACAGACACCGGACUAUUAUUAG